GAAGCGGGCAGUACCAUACAGCUUCGCAAUCCCCCCCUUUUCACUUCUUGCAUAUCUGUAAUAAUAAUUGUUUGAAUUGCUUUGUUUUUCAAGGUUGCAUAAACGGGUGGAAGCAUCGGCGGUUCUGUCUCCCGUUGUCAUGAUUGAUUUUGAACCGUUAUGGGCCCCGUGUGGUGGACGUCCAAGGGGUUCGUGGUAUACCCUUAAUUGAGCAUCUGCAUGCCUUCCGUAUGAUUUGCAUUUCGAUUUUAGAGCCCUUUUUCGAGCAUGUUGUUCUCCAAUCCUGUCAUGACCCUGGGAGCUGUAUACUCCCCUUCCUGCAUUUGUUUCCUUUGUCACUCUUUCCAUCUCAUACGCCUUUCUUAUCUCUAUCUCUUUUUCUUACUUCCUGAUCGGGUCCUGAUGGCCGGUGUUCCGUGUUCAUGGGCGGGUCUGGGUAAAUGUGAUGUGAUGCGUGGAUAGCAUCUGUACAGUUGUCUCUUAUUCUUUGACCUCCCCUCAUCAUAGAUAUGGCAGUGACAUGAAUGGUGCCAGUGGUGGAGAAAUCGUGAUGUUAUGACUAGACUAUAUAGGCA